AUGCAGGCUGUAUUGGAUUCCUUGGAGUGGAGUUUUGUCCAUUGCGAUUGUCAAAAGCGCAUCACCACACAAGGCCUUCGAAUCAGUUCUUCAGUUCCUCCUGAGGAACCCCCUCCCCUUCAAGAACUGUCUCAAGGGUCUGUGAGGCAGACAUUUCCAAAGGCCUCCAAGCAUCAUUCAAGCAACCUCCAAGGAUCUCCUGAGGGCCUCCUCGAUGUUCAGGGGAAACAUGGGUCGCCAAGCUGGAUUUGGAGCCCAAGCUGCUUUCGCAGGGCUCUGUGUUUCAGAAUUCGACAGCCUCUGCAGUAG